AUGAAGCACCAGCGAUGCCACCAGCUUUCUGCCUUGAAGGCGGCGCUCCCCGCUGCGCUCUCCCCAGCGCUCACCAUGGCGCUCUGGCUUGUCGCCUUCAACGUCUCGUCGUGCCACGCGCAAGUGAUCAAUGCUUCUCAAGGGUUGUUUCUCAGCGACGUCAAGACGGGAUGGGGCAUGGGGUGGAAGGUGGGAGACAAAUGCAGCACUGCGGCAUCUAUCCUGUGCGACGCUUCAGGCAUGAUCACCUCGAUGUGA